GACAGAUGGCAGGGCCUAUCCUUGGGAAGCAUUACUUUCGGGACCCAAAGUGAGCCCAAGAAGGCGGAAUUGUAGGGCGAUAUAACAGAGGCUUUGGGCAGUGAGAAGUCGUGACUGGUCGAAUCUGAUAGAGGGGUGGGGCCCGGGCAACUCAAAAGAGAUGAACCGGUCCCGAAGAAAGGAGUCCUGUGGACGCUGGGGCUAAGGCGAGGCCGAGGCGGCAGGAGAUGGCGGCGGCCACUUCAGCCUCAGAAUGUUGGCCAUCAUUCUCUUAGCCCUUCUUUGUGCCUCGGCCUCCGGCAAUGCCAUUCAGUCCAGGUCCUCUUAUAGUGGGGAAUAUGGAGGCAGAGGAGGAAAGCAGUUCUCCCAUUCUGCAAACCAGCUGAACGGUUCCAUCACUGCCAUCCGUGUCCGAUUCAAUUCAUUUUACAUCACUGGUCUCCAAGUGCGUUAUGGCACAGUGUGGAGUGAAUACGUGGGUGGCCAACAGGGAAACAUGGAGGAGAUCUUUCUGCACCCCGGGGAAUCCGUGAUCCAGGUGUCUGGCAAAUACAGGAUUUACAUGAAGCAGCUGAUCUUUGUGACAAACAUGGGCCGCAAGCUGACUUUUGGAGAUGACAAAGGCACCUGUUUCACCGCUGUUCCCUUGCACCCCAACACCUUCCUACGCUUCAUUAGUGGCCGAUCUGGCAUUUUCAUCGAUGCCAUCAGCCUACACUGGGAUGUCUAGCCUAGCCAGUGCAGCACUUGCUGAAGCCCACCUUUCUCUCUGGCGGGGUUCUGUGGUGGGAGUGAGAACUCCCUUAUCACCAAGCCCCAUGCAA